GGAAACCCCAGCCAAAAAUACGCAGCAGCCACAGAAAAUCUCCAGCAAGACCACUGCUCCACCUUCUCCUCCUCCUUCCCUUCGUCUUCCCCCGGCCCGUUACGCUCCCUGCCCGCUCCUCCCAGUCGCCGCCGCCCUCCUCCUCCGCCGCAGUCGUCUCCUCCUCCGCCGUCCAGAUCCGUCCUGCUGCGCGGCCGGCCACUUGCAAGGCUCCUAGAUUCGCGAGAGCUCCUCCCCCGCGAGAUCCGCCACCGCCGUCUCGGCGCCGCAGCCCCUUCUUCCGGAGGCGAUCCGCCCCUCGAACCACCGCCGUCGCGCCGUCCAGCUUAUAACGGUGCACUUGGUGUGAGCCAGCUUGGGUGGCGUUGUGGUACCUGCUUCAUUAUCGUCUUAGCCUAUAUUUGCCCUUGGACCAAAGGCCGUUUGAGAUUGAUAAUAUGAAACAAAGAAUCAUACAACGUCCAUGCAUUCAUCUGCAGACGUAACCAUGCUGAUGGUUCUUCUUGGGCACACCUAUAUGGUGUUCUUGACACUGCCUUCCGUGCUCCAGUUCUAUGCAAACUUGUGACGUUCUAUAAGUUUGGACCAUGGAGCGUGCACCACGUAAGAGGGGAUUUCCAACUGAUCCCAAGGAAUACAAGUUAUAUGAGGAAGUUGGAGAAGGAGUUAGUGCCACAGUUUACAGGGCUCUUUGUGUCCCGCUCAAUACUUUUGUUGCCAUCAAAGUUCUUGACCUUGAGAAGUGCAGUAGUGACCUGGAUGGAAUAAGGCGGGAAGUACAAACCAUGAGCUUGAUUGACCAUCCUAAUCUUCUUCGCGCAUGUUGUUCAUUUGCAAAUGACCAUCAACUUUGGGUUGUCAUGCCUUUCAUGGCUGCUGGAUCUGCCCUGCACAUUAUAAAAACUAAUUUUCCAGAUGGGUUUGAGGAAGCAGUCAUUGCCACACUUUUGUGGGAAGUUCUCAAAGCUCUCGUCUACCUACACUCUCAAGGGCAUAUUCACAGAGAUGUAAAGGCUGGAAAUAUCCUAAUAGAUACAAAUGGAGCUGUUAAGCUAGGAGACUUUGGAGUAUCUGCCUGCAUGUUUGACACUGGGAAUAGACAACGAGCUAGAAAUACAUUUGUUGGGACCCCUUGCUGGAUGGCUCCUGAAGUCAUGCAACAACUGCAUGGCUAUGAUUACAAAGCUGACAUCUGGUCCUUCGGGAUAACAGCAUUAGAACUAGCACAUGGUCACGCUCCAUUUUCGAAGUACCCUCCAAUGAAGGUGUUGCUUAUGACGUUGCAAAAUGCACCACCAGGUCUAGACUACGAGAGGGAUAAAAGAUUUUCGAAGUCUUUUAGGGACUUGGUUGCUGUAUGUUUAGUCAAGGAUCCACAGAAGCGUCCCUCUUCAGAAAAGCUGUUGAAACAUUCGUUUUUUAAGCAAGCGCGAUCAGCUGAUUUUUUGGCAAAGAGUAUUCUUGAGGGACUUACUCCACUGGGCGACCGCUUUAGGGCGUUGAAGGCAAAAGAGGCUGACUUACUUCUCAAUAACAAGCUUGGUCCAGAGAGCAAGGAGCAGUUAUCACAGAAAGAAUACAUAAGGGGCAUCAGUGGCUGGAAUUUUAAUCUGGAGGACUUGAAAACCGCAGCUGCCCUUUUAGACAGUUCAAAUGGCACAUACCAUUUUGAUGGUGCCAACAACAAAGAUAGGAAUGGGCUACAAGACGUUUAUAAUGAAUCAGAAAAUAUUUAUCAGGAAAGGGUUAACCAUGGUGCUUCUGCAAGGCAUGAUGAGCAUGAGAUACAAGAAGUAGAAGAUUUGGAUGGAGAUCUUGCCUCUUCCUUUCCAACCCGUCCCCUUGAGGCACUAAAGUCUUGCUUUGAUGUCGGCGGUGAUGAUGAUCCGGACCCUACUGCUACGAAUUUGCGGGUACAACCAAGCAUGGAGUCUAUAUCACCUGUGCAGCAGUUCUCAGAAAUGGACCAUAGUAGAAGUGACAACUGUAAUGGUGAAAAUCUGGAAAGAAGUGUCUCCGUACCCUCAAAUUUGGGAAAUAGUGUAUAUCCCAAGUUCUCAAGUGGUUCUCUUAUUCCCGAGCAUGUUCUUUCGCCUUACAAGAAUGUUGGUAGUGAUUCACGAAGGAAUGACUUUCAUCAGAAAAAUCCGAGCAGCAGAAACCGAAGUGGCCCUUUGUUUUUCCGUCAAAUGAAGGACAUACGCCCACAUCUGUCUGUUGCACCCGAUGAGGCGUCGGAAGGAAAUGUUGUCCAGCGAAGGGGGCGAUUUCAGGUCACAUCAGAUAAUCCUGGUCAAAAGGUAGCUUCAUCAGCAAGCAGCAACAGCAGGCCAAAUUUACCAAGUGGCGUAACACGGCCAGCUUCCAAUUCAUCCACAAUUCUUCCGACACUACAAUUCUUGAUGCAGCAAAAUUCUAUGCAAAAGGAAGUGCUAAGUAGAUUGAUUUCUUCAAUUGAGGAAACAUCUGAUGUUUCCGAUGCAAGUACAGUUGGUUUGUCUCAGGUGUGUCUGAUGGAGUGUGUUCCAUAUGUUAUUUCACAUUUGACCUCAAGACAUGUGAACUUUAAAGGUCAAUUACUGUUAAGCAUAUUUUCUUGUGAUUGUUUUAAUAAGUGCUUAUAUAUGUUCAGUCAUCUGGAUCGCUUGCCAGAGAGAAGGGAUUGGAGUCGUAUGUCGUCCAACUACAGCGAAGUGUCACAGAACUCGCUGAGGAAGUGCAGAGAUUGAAGCUGAGAAAUAAUCAGCUUGAGCAGCAGAUCAACGGGUUGUCGAAGAAAGACGAAAGGUUGCGAAGAGAGGGUAGUACAAAGCAAUGACAUAUUAUAUUCCCCCCUAGUCCCCGUUGUAUAAUUCAGCUCCCCAAUUUUGGACCUGGUUAGUGAAAUUAAUUGUAUUAUGUUUCGAAAUCAGGUAGUUGUAUCAAUUGUAAUUGUAAGUAUUUUAGCGAGUUCACAUUAUAGUAUAAUCUUUGAUUUGUACAGCAUGCUUUGUGUUAUCGGUGAGGAUUAGUUUCCGUCAACUACAAUGUUUCGAUAGCAACCGUUUGUGAA